GUUGUAAAGAGGAGGAGUUCACCUGGACCAACUACCUGAAAAUGACUAAAGCACAAGUGGCGCCCAAAGAACUCUUUUCCAGUCCUGGGAGGAUCGACAUGGAGUGCGGUUUCGAGAUAGGAAUGAAGCUAGAAGCUGUAGACCGCAUGAACCCUUCCCUCAUCUGUGUAGCAACCGUGACUGAUGUGGUCGACGACCGUUUCCUGGUUCAUUUCGACAACUGGGAUGACACAUAUGACUACUGGUGUGAUUCCAGCAGUCCAUUUAUUCACCCUAUUGGUUGGUGCCAAGAAAGGAACCUCCCACUAACGCCACCGCAAGAUUAUCCAGACCAGAGCCAGUUUUCCUGGUCUCGCUACAUGGAAGAGACAGGUUCCAAGGCAGUGGCAGCUGAAGCCUUCAAAGUGCGGGCAGCCCACAGCUUCCAUCCUCAGAUGAAACUGGAGGCCGUGGACAAGAGGAGUCCUGGUCUGAUCAGAGUGGCUACAGUGGAGGAGGUCGACACUCAUCGCGUUAAGGUGCAUUAUGAUGGCUGGAGCCAUGUCUAUGAUGAAUGGAUGGACUCUGAUCACCCUGACAUUCACCCAGCCGGCUGGUGUGAGGCAACUGGUCACCCAUUGAAGGUUCCCCCGCGUGAAACCAAAAUACAACAACCACACGUGGUGAGGGAGCCUCCUGCUACAGGCCAGUCCACCUACCCCUCCUCUGUUCCUUGUAAGCCAAUCAGCCACCCCAAAACCAACAAGUACAGCUUCCACAACAGGAAGUGUCCGACCCCUGGGUGCGAUGGGUCAGGCCAUGUGACCGGCCGUUUCACAGCUCAUCAUUGUAUAUCUGGCUGCCCCUUGGCUGAGCGCAACCAGGGUAGGCUGAAGGCUGAACUGUCUGACUCAGAGUGCAAGAGGAACCUCUUCUUUGGACAACGGACCAAGAAAACCCACUACCGUGGCAGGAUUGGCCGUCCUCCCAAAUACAGGAAGAACCAACAGAGAGACUACCAGAAUCUGUCCUCAGAGGGUAUGUAUCCCUCACUCUUCAUGUCAGCUUUAAGCGGCCAGUCAGACAGGACUCUCUCACUUUGCUGGGAGCAGCACUGUAAGCUGCUUCCAGGUGUACAGGGCAUUCAUGCCAGCCAGGUGGCAGGAUGGGACAUUGAAGAGGUAUUCAGGUUUGUCCAGAAUCUAAUUGGCUGUGAAGAACAGGCUCGUCUCUUCAAAGAAGAGAUGAUCGACGGGGAGGCCUUCUUGCUGCUGACCCAGACCGACAUUGUGAAGAUCAUGAGCAUCAAACUAGGCCCUGCCCUAAAGAUCUCCAACGCCAUCCUCAUGUUCAAGAGCAUAGAUGAGGGACUCAAGUGAUCCCACCCUUCAACACUGAGGCCAUUGAGCAGCCAGUCAUCAUGUGCCAAAUUCAUACUGUUGCAGGAAAACGGCCCUGACUCCUUUUUUCAUGUGUUUGAUGUCCUUUACCCAUCAGA